AUGAAGAUUAGCCAAAAAAUCCAGCAGUCGACCAAAGAGGGUAAGGUCUGGUGGUCCUUUGAGUAUUUUCCACCAAGAACGGCCCAGGGUCUCCAAAAUCUGCUGGACCGUAUAGAGCGCAUGAGAGCUCUUGGUCCUGAAUUCAUAGACAUUACAUGGAAUGCCGGCGGACGGACAUCGGACUUGACUUCAGAGAUGGUGAAGACGUGCCAGAGCAUGAUUGGCGUCGAGACAUGCAUGCAUCUCACAUGCACGAACAUGCCGAAAGAAAAAGUCGACAUUGCAUUGAGAGAAGCCAAGCAACAUGGCUGCCGCAAUGUAUUGGCCCUCAGAGGUGAUCCACCUCAGGGCAAGGACGAGUGGGAAGCCGUUGAAGAUGGUUUCGUCCAUGGAAUCGACCUGGUCAAACACAUACGGCGGAUUUACGGAGACUACUUUGAUAUUGCCGUCGCGGGAUUCCCCCAACACAUGUUGCUUCCUCCUGACGAACUAGCAUUCGAAAUGAAAUGCCUCAAGGAGAAGAUUGAGGCUGGUGUCAACUUCAUCUUCACUCAAAUGUUCUACGACGUCGAAAUCUUCAUCGAGUGGGUCAAGGCCGUCCGUGCUGCUGGUAUCACCAUCCCCAUCGUUCCUGGUAUUGCCCCCAUUCAAACUUGGAACGGUUUCGUUCGCGCAACCAGUCUGGCAAAGACUAUCAUUCCUCAGUCCUUCACGGAAGCUCUCGAGCCUUACAAGAACGACGACGAGAAAGUCAGGGCUAUCGGCACGCGUCUGGUCGCCGACAUGUGCAGACGCAUCCUUGAUGAAGACCUUGGAAUCCGAGGACUCCACUUCUACACAAUGAACCUGGAGAAGGCCACCAAGAUGCUCCUAGAGGAGCUGAACCUCGUACCCCGUAUCGAAACCAUCAAACCCCUCCCGUGGCGACAGUCCCUUACGCCUACUAGGCGACAAGAGACUAUCCGACCUAUAUUCUGGGCUAACCGCGCCAAAUCGUACAUCUCCCGCACGGAGAAUUGGGAUGAAUACCCCAACGGUCGAUUUGGUGAUGCGCGCUCUCCCGCCUACGGUGAAUUGGACGGCUAUGGUAUUUCUCUAAAGCAGACCGUGAAGGAUGCAUUGAAGCUCUGGGGACAACCAGAGACAGUCGCGGAUGUGUCAUCGUUGUUUGCCCGGUUCUGCCGCGGUGAUCUGAGCGCCUUGCCUUGGUCAGAUCAGCCUGUCGCUGGUGAGACCACUGCAAUCGCCCAACACCUAGCGAAGGUCAACGAGCUCGGGUUCUUGACCAUCAACUCGCAGCCUGCUGUCAAUGGCGCUCGCAGCGACGACAAACUGUUUGGAUGGGGCCCCAGCAAUGGUUACGUAUACCAGAAGGCGUACUUGGAAUUCUUCGUCAACCCCACACUUCUCAACAUUCUGCUAUCGCACAUAGAGCGGGAUGGCAAUAUCACCUACCAUGUCAUUAACAAGCGCGGUGAUCUCCGGACAAAUACGCAGUCAGAGGGUCCUAAUGCUGUAACCUGGGGUGUUUUCCCUGGUAAGGAGAUCGUGCAGCCCACCAUCGUCGAGGCAGUCAGCUUCAUGGCAUGGAAGGAUGAGGCAUAUGAACUUGGACAACAAUGGGCUCGCAUCUACGAAUCGGGCUCCGUUCCAAACAAGGUUGUCUCCGAUAUCAUGAACACGUACCUCCUGGUCAACGUCGUCCAUAAUGAUUUCCAAGACCCUGAAGCCAUUUUCCGGCCGUUCUAUCAAGCUGGUGCCGAGUACAUUACCAAGAUCCAAUCUCAGGCCCCCGUCACUGCGGACCACUAA